AUUUGGAUGCUCUGGGUCACUUCCGCUCAAAAAUUAUUUACAAAUUUGUCUCCGCAAAAGUCCAGAUAUAUCCUAACUGAGUGGUCAAAUUGCUUCAAAACGAUGUCUAAAUUAAAAAAAUACUUGGAAGAAGUCAAGUCGCAAAAUGGGACAGAACUCGAUCUCGUUGAUAAAGGCAUAGUUAACCUUUUAGAAUCACCAGCAAUUUUUUCAAUGAGACAGAUAACCAGAAUCACAUUAACACACAAUAAGAUAACUGUGCUUCCUCCGGCAAUUGCAGAUCUUCAAAAUUUAGAGACAUUGAACCUCUUCAAUAAUCACCUAGAGGAGUUGCCCACAGCAAUAGCUGCAAUGUCCAAGUUGAAGAUCCUUAACAUUGGUAUGAACAGAAUGAACACCUUACCUCGUGGAUUUGGUGCCAUUCCCAAUUUAGAGGUGCUAGACUUAACUUACAACAAUCUCAAUGAGAAUUCACUACCAGGGAACUUCUUCUGUCUAGAAACCCUACGUGCACUUUAUAUGGGAGACAAUGACUUUGAAACAAUCCCAAAAGAAAUAAAGAAUCUAAAGAAUCUCCAAAUCUUGGUGCUGAGAGAGAAUGAUCUUAUUUCCCUUCCUAAGGAGAUAGGUGAACUUGCACGCUUAAGAGAACUGCAUAUUCAAGGAAACAGGUUAACAGUCCUUCCACCAGACCUAGGCAUUCUAGAUCUAGUGGGUAUGAAGCAGGUGUUCAAGGGAGAGAACAACCCCUGGGUUCCACCAAUAGCAGACCAGUUUCAAGUGGGUGUGUCGCAUGUGUUUGACUACAUUAGAUCAGAUACAUAUAAAUAUUUGUAUGGGCGUCAUAUACAAGCGCGUGCUGAUCCACCACCUAAAACCAAUGACAAGUCAAAAAAGAUAUCUAGGUUGCACAAGAAACAUUAGACACAACAUCAGAAACACGUACACUUCACCCAUCUUCAUAUGAUAUUUGAGUGAGACUCCUCUGCCUCUCCAGUGUUGAAGUCUCCUAGCAGUGUUUGAGGAAGGGGGCAGAUAGGGGCUUGAUGCGAGACUUCAUUAUUGCUUCCAUAUUUAUUCAUUUAGUUCUUGUAUAUCAUCUUAUUUCAUCAAGGGAAAGGCAUAUGUGGCUUUAAACGGGUAUUGAAACAUGUCAUUUAUUCAAGCGAGACAAUUAGACC